GGAGCUUUCAAAAUUCCUACCGUUGAUGCUAUUUCACGUGCUCCUCACGUGACCGAACCCCCUGCCUCUCCCACUCGGAGACAUUUGAAUUCGGACCUAAAGCGCCUUUUUUGUUUUUGUCAAAAACAAAAACAUUUCAAUCGAUUCAAAUUCAAUUUAUUUAUCGUUUCUCACCCAAAGCCUUUCUCCCUCCGUCAGAUGUUUCAAAAACCACGCAGCCUCUCCCCGUCCUCGUCGUUCCAACAACACAUAGCCGCCGCCUUCUCCUCCAUCUCCGGCAGGGUUUUCUGAUUUGCGACUUGGGAAAAACGGAUCUACGGCGGAGAAAUGGAUAGCAGCGCGGAAUGCGUGAAAGUUGCGGUGAAUAUUCGGCCUCUCAUCACCCCCGAGCUUCUGAAUGGAUGUACUGACUGCAUCACCCUCGUUCCUGGAGAACCCCAGGUGCAAAUAGGAACACAUUCUUUUACAUACGACUAUGUAUAUGGUACUUCGGGUUCGCCGUCGGUAGCAAUCUACGAUGACUGCGUAGAUCCUUUGGUCGAUGCGCUGUUCCGUGGUUAUAAUGCAACAGUUCUCGCGUACGGCCAGACGGGUUCUGGAAAGACUUAUACCAUGGGCACUAAUUAUUCUGGAGAAGGAUCUAACGAUGGUAUUAUACCAAAGGUUAUGGAUACCAUCUUUCGGAGAGUUGAGUCGGUCAAAGAGUCCACAGAAUUCUUAAUCAGAGUGUCAUUUAUUGAGAUAUUCAAAGAAGAGGUAUUUGAUCUACUAGACUCGAAUUUGACAAUAUCCAAAGGAGAAGGGCAUGUUGGAAAGGCUAUUGUGCCUCCUAGAGUUCCCAUCCAAAUUAGGGAAACUGUGAAUGGAGGGAUAACACUUGCUGGUGUCACUGAAGCAGAAGUUCGGUGUAAAGAGGAAAUGGCAUCUUACCUCUCCAAGGGUUCUUUCUCGCGUGCUACUGGCAGCACUAACAUGAACAAUCAAUCAAGUCGCUCCCAUGCUAUAUUUACAAUUUCCAUGGAGCAGAAGAAAAUUACAAUGUGUUCGAGUGGAGGAAAUGAAGAUGACAUGGGUGACGACAUAUUGCGUGCAAAACUACACCUUGUAGAUCUUGCUGGCUCUGAACGAGCAAAGCGAACGGGUGCUGAUGGCAUGCGUUUCAAAGAAGGUAUUCAUAUCAAUAAGGGCUUGCUGGCUCUUGGCAACGUUAUCAGUGCUUUGGGCGACGAGAAGAAGCGAAAAGAGGGGGGUCACGUUCCAUACCGUGAUAGCAAGCUGACUCGCUUGCUGCAGGAUUCACUAGGAGGGAACAGCAAAACAGUGAUGAUUGCAUGUGUAAGUCCUGCUGAUACCAAUGCAGAGGAGACGUUGAAUACAUUGAAAUAUGCAAAUCGUGCUCGUAAUAUUCAGAACAAAGCUGUUAUCAAUCGGGACCCUAAUGCCAUUCAACUUCAAAGGAUGAGGAGCCAGAUUGAACAGUUGCAGGCUGAACUAUGUAUUUAUAGGGGCGAUUCAAAUGCACCAUUUGAUGAAAAUCAGAUUCUCAAACACAAGGUAUCAUUACUUGAAGCAAGCAACGCUGAGCUACAAAAAGAACUUCAACAAACACAAGUGACUUUUGAGCAUCUGAAUCAACGUGCUGUUGAUGCCCAGGUUGAGAAAGACAAGCUGAUAAUGCAGAUUGAAUCAAUUCGAAAUGGUAAAUCUUGGGACGAGAUCGAGGCUGCUGGAGAUCAGGAUGCUGAUUUGGUCAGAAGUUAUGUGUCAAAAAUUCAAGAUUUGGAAGGGGAGCUGUUACGUAUAAAAAACUCCAAACUGAAGCAUACUAGAUUUGUUGACUGCGUUGACUCGGAUGAUGAGGGAUUCCGUCCCACUGCUGGUCUAUUCCCUCCAAUUGAUGGACUUUCUUCCAACUCAGACACAAAAUCCUUGGAAAACGAAGAUGUAUAUGCAGAUGAGGCUGAAGAUGAGCAAAAGGAACUAGAGCACUCAUCUAUGCAAGAGAUACUUGAUAGAGAGUUAAAAGAAUUGGAUAAGAGACUUGAACAAAAGGAGGCUGAAAUGAAGCGAUUUACAAGUGGUGACCCUUCUGUCCUUAAACAACACUAUGAGAAGAAAGUUCAUGAGUUGGAACAAGAAAAGAGAGCACUGCAGAAAGAGAUUUCUGAACUGAGGAACAAUCUUGAUAGCAUCUCAUCUAAUUCUGAUGAUGGUACACAAAAGCUAAAGGAAGCAUAUCUUCAGAAGCUUACUAUCCUUGAGGCACAGGUAUCGCAGUUGAAGAAGAAACAGGACGCCCAAGCUCAGCUUUUGAGACAAAAACAAAAGAGUGAUGAAGCAGCCAGAAAGCUGCAAGAGGAGAUCCACAGGAUCAAGACUCAAAAGGUUCAGCUCCAACAUAAGAUCAAACAAGAGUCUGAACAAUUUAGGUUAUGGAAGGCCUCACGAGAAAAGGAGGUUCUUCAGCUGAAGAAAGAGGGAAGGAGGAACGAGUAUGAAAUGCACAAGUUGUUGGCCUUGAAUCAGCGACAGAAAAUGGUUCUGCAAAGGAAAACAGAAGAAGCUGCCCUGGCCACCAAGAGACUAAAGGAUGUUUUAGAUUCUAAAAAGGCUUCCUCACGUGAACUUUCCAGUGCUGCAAAUGGCGGUGCUGGAAUUCAGGCUAUGAUGCAUUCGGUUGAACAUGAGCUUGAAAUUACUCUUCGGGUGCAUGCAGUGCGCUCUGAAUAUGAACGUCAAAUGCAAGAGAGGGCUAAAAUGGCCCAGGAACUUGCGCGGUUGAAGGAAGAAACUGAGAUGCUUAAGAAAACUAAUUCCAGCGAUAGCCCGACAACAAUGUCACCUGGUGCAAGGAAUUCCAGAAUAUUUGCACUUGAAAACAUGCUUGCUUCCUCUUCUAGCACCCUUGUCGCAAUGGCAUCACAGCUUUCUGAGGCAGAAGAAAGUGAGAAAGGCUUCACCGGCAGGGGACGUUGGAAUCAAGUAAAAUCUCUUGUUGAUGCCAAAAACAUGAUGAACCAUCUGUUCAAUCUAGCUUCUUCCUCCAGGUGUUCGCUGCGGGACAAAGAAGUUGAUUGCAGAGAAAAAGACAGCGAAAUAAGAGACCUGAAAGGGAAAAUUGUCAACCUCAGCAGUUUAGUUAGGCAUCUGGAAAAACAGAAGACAGAACUCAUUCACCAAGUCAAGUUGCAGAAUUCAGCUUUAAAGAACAUGGAGAAUGCAGGACGCAAAUAUGACUUGCGGAAGCAGCCUCAGAGGAGCUCCAUCUUUAUGAUGGAGGAUAUGGACAUGUCAGUAUCGGAUCAUUCGGAUGUCGAACAAACAGAAGACGAUGAUGCUGAGUGGGUUCGAACGAACAUAAAGAAAACCAAAAGAAGGAAGCACUCCAGGAGUGAAGUUCAUCAGUCGAGCUCAGAUUCUUCUCCUCCUUCUUCCCCAAGAGACGUAGAAUUUAGUAGAACCGAAUCGGGGCCGUGUUGCUCCUGCAGCAAGAGGUCUUUAUGCAAAACGACCAAGUGCGAGUGUCGGGCAGCUGGAGGCGUAUGCGGUGGUUCCUGUGGUUGCUCGGCGAGCAAGUGCAAUAACAGAGACCCUGCUGCUUAUGCCAAUGUGAACUCGGCUGAACCCGGAGAAGCUGACGUGGUUUCGGGUUUUGAUGAACAACCCGGUGAAGAUAGAACUCGCGAGCUUGCUUCUCAUGGCGCCAUGCUUCUGGGGAGCGCCAUGUCUGGCAAUCCUGCUGCUGCUGAUGUUGCCCAGGCAAAUAUUGGUGAAGCAAAAAGGAUGCCAUUGUCAGACAUCGGCAAUACAGCGGCGAAGUCCAAUGCACCAAAGCCAAGCCAGAGGAAGAAAUGGCGGAAGUCUGUGAUUCAGCUUGUCCCCGUCGCAGCAGCAGCUCCACCACCACCAUCAACGCAAUCAGAAAGUGAUGCAAAAAUUGUUCAAACCACUCACCAAACACCAGCCACUGCGAAAGCUCCCAUAAAGGUGGAGAGUACUGCUGCUGCUGCCACUACAGCUGCCAAUGGGAGGGAGACAGAGAAGCCGCCAUUGAAGCUGCCAAGGGCAAUGAGAGCCCCUGGAUCAAACAGAGGGGGGGUUCUGUUAAGAGAAAGGAAUGCUGGUGGUGGUCAUGGAGCAGCAGCAGAUGAUGCAUCUGGCCGAGUAAAUCCUCCUGCAACGAGAAGUCCUGCUAGGCCAGCGAGAACAACCGACGAGAAGGAGAACUACGGCCGCUGACUUUCGACCAACUUCUGUGUGUGUUUUGAUGUGAUGGAAAUGGCUGUUAGAAGUUCUUCUUGCGAGAGCUGUAGGUGGUGUGUUGGGAAUGUAGUAAGACUAAGUGAGAGAUGAUGGUCGACCACUGGGGGUUGCUUUUGCUGAUUUUUUUUAGUGUAAGAACAGGCUAAUUAUUAAUGGCGGCUCAUGAGCCCCAUUAUUUACUAAUGAACUAAUGCCUACUAAGGUUGUCUUGUGGCUGACU